UCAGUUUCACCUGUUUUCUUUUGUUAAACUAAAACAGCAUGGGUUGGGGAGGGUAAACAGGUUAUGGGUAAGUCGACGUGUGGGUGGACCUGAUGAGCACGGACUGGUGACGGUGAGCUGUUUUCCUUCAUGGCCCCUCCUCUCUCAGAGAGGAGAUCAUAUGUACCUGCUCUCCUCCAAAAUCUCUCCCAUUUAGCAAACACACCUGAGCAACAGAAGACUUGCCUCCGUCAGAGAAAGAGACAAACGACCCACAGUCUUACGUCACUGCACGAGAGGAAUUACAGAAGCUCUUUCAAGUGACGAUUCAAAAGAGGAAGACGUUUCAUUUGAAACAACUCAAAGGCAAAUCAGUUGACCACAAUGGUGUCUGCUGGGUUUCAAAUGCUGGGCUCGGCCCUGGGGAUCCUGGGCUGGAUUGGUGCCAUCGUUGUUUGUGCCCUUCCCAUGUGGAGGGUCACGGCCUUCAUCGGCAGCAACAUCGUCACAUCGCAGACGUCCUGGGAAGGUAUCUGGAUGAGCUGUGUGGUCCAGAGCACAGGCCAGAUGCAGUGUAAGGUCUACGACUCCAUGCUUGCCCUCAGCUCUGACCUCCAGGCUGCCCGGGCCUUAACCGUCAUCGCCAUCGUAGUGGGCAUCAUGGCUAUCCUUCUCUCUGUGGCGGGCGGGAAAUGCACCAACUGUGUGGAGGAUGAAGUAUCCAAGACCAAGGUGGGCAUCGCAUCUGGUGUUGUCUUCAUUGUGGCUGGGAUCCUCUGCCUAAUCCCUGUGUGCUGGACAGCCCAUACCGUCAUCCGUGACUUCUACAACCCGCUAUUGGUCAAUGCCCAGAAGAGAGAUGGCGUAACCAUGGCGUCUCAGGGCCUCCAAAUCAUGGGUGUGCUGCUGGCCUUCAUCGGCUGGCUGGGCACCAUCAUCACUUGCGCUCUGCCCAUGUGGAGAGUCACUGCUUUCGUUGGGGCGAACAUCGUCACCGCCCAGGUGAUCUGGGAAGGCUUGUGGAUGAACUGUGUGGUUCAGAGCACGGGCCAGAUGCAGUGUAAGGUCUACGACUCCAUGCUGGCCCUGCCUCAAGACUUGCAGGCUGCCAGGGCCAUGGUGAUCAUCUCGGUGAUCGUCGGCGUGUUCGGCGUCCUCAUGGCCAUAGUCGGAGGAAAGUGCACUAACUGCAUGGAAGAUGAGGUGUCCAAAGCCAAAGCCUGCAUCGUGUCCGGGGUGAUCUUCAUAAUAGCCGCCUUGCUGAUCAUGAUUCCAGUGUCGUGGUCAGCUCAUGCGGUGAUCAGGGACUUUUAUAACCCAAUGGUGAUCGCAGCUCAGAGGAGGGAGCUCGGGGCUGCACUUUAUAUCGGUUGGGGUUCCUCUGGGCUGCUGCUGCUGGGAGGAGGCCUGCUCUGCAACAACUGCCCCCCAAAAGACAACAGGCCCUACAUACCUGCCAAGUUUGCCCCUGCCAGGACCGUAUCCUCAAAUGUGGACUAUGUGUGAGUGUAAGAUGUAGCAUAAGACGUCUCAAGGUUUUUUUUUUUUUUAAUUCUGUUACCGAAAAAUAAACAAAAGGAUUUGUUUCUUAAGGUGUUUAAAGUUGUUGCUGAGGCUGACAAAAACAAGAACAAUGAAGUUUUGAUUACAUUUCACUGUGUAGUUGUUGUUUUUUUUCAUAUUGGAGCAGUAUAGUAACUAAAACAGCAAAAUAUAUUGUUUUGCGGUUUGUUUUCUUGUGUUGGAACUUUUCAGAUGUAGUGACUUCCUAUCGAAGGUUGAUAUACACUGUCGACUGUUUUCACAUGACACAUUCAUAUUCAUGUUUCUCAAAUAUUCUUUUCCACUUAUAAACAAUUCCUCUACUGUGAAUUUAAAACCUGUAAUAUUUCUCUGAAACAAUAUAUUCAUUAUGAGUAAAAUACCAACUAAAAAGAGUAGUUUUUCUCAUGUAGACUGAAUGGAGUGAUGCAGUGCCUAUUUAAUCACUCACAUAUUCAAAUUUGUAAGUUGCCACGAAUUGAAUGAAUGCAGAAUUUUCUAAAGCUCAUUAUAAUAUAAUAUGUGAAGCUUUUUUCUUUUACUUGUAUAAUGAUAUAUGAUCAC